AUGGGCGACGAUCGGGGUUGUGUCCAGUCGGAGGAAUCUGUCAAUGGUGGAAGAGAUGCCUGUGACUCGACGCCCUCGGAAAGCGCGUCUGCCGAUCAUCUUGUCGUCAUGGUUCAUGGUAUCCUUGGGAGGUGAGCUUCAUUGAGGCCGCCAUGCUUUCGAUGAUUUGAGAGCUCCUUCUGGUUCGCUCCGCUCCCUCUUUUCCCGACCCACCUCUCCUCGUGGCUGUUCUCUUUGCCAGGCUUUCGGGAACCAUGUCAUCGGCAACUUCGAUUUUAAUUCCGUUUUCCUCUCUAUUUCCUUCGAAAAUAUUUUCUCUGUGUUCGUCUAGAAAAUUGAGAUUGGGAUCCCCCUCUAUGAAAUUAAGCGGACGUUUUUUCUUAAUAUUUCAUGCCAUGAAAUCACCAUCUUCAUGCCCCACUUUUUCUCUGACGAAAUUUUGCGUAAUUCAGGCGCUACGUUUCGCAACUCUUUUGGUAAAUACUGAUGCAGAACGAGUAUCAUAUUAUCUUUGCUUAUUUCACGUGCAAUCCGUCCGCGAGCUUCAAUUUUUUUUCACUUUCCUCAGAAAACCAGUCUUUCUCUUCACCAGUAAGCUCUCUUCCGGGAGAAGCUCGAUCGAAUUAAUGUCGGGUUUGGAUGAUUUUGAUAUUCGUUGGAUAAAAAAUCAAUAGAGAUACAUGGCAUCAAGGUUUCAGCAAAUUAAAAAAAAAUAAAUUAAUGAAAAAAAUUCAGGAGAGUUCCUUUAUCUCAAGGAGAUUUACAGUCCUUGCAGUAAAUGAGGAUGCCUGGAAGGGAAGGAAAGGAAAACAUGUACCGUGGCCUUUGUUUUAGUAGAGAAUAUAACAAGGUAAUAAUAAAUUAGCGCAGAAAUAUGUUCUCACUCAAGAAAUAUUUUCGAAUACUUUUUAUUCUUCAUCUCACCGAUGCUAAUGGGGUCCUUCUAUCUGAUGUGAUCUUUCUUCUGUCAAAUAUGCCCCUCAUACAGCUGGCCUCUACACUGACACCCUGAAUACGGAAGGAUGAAUCAACAUCAGAAGAGACAGCAAAUCUUUUUAUGGAAUCAAAUUCAUAAUUUGGUGAUGAUGGGGAGAAUAUCACAAGGAGUCAUUUGUGGGGCCCAUCAAACGUUGAAAAUGAAUUUUUUUCGGGCUACUGAUAAAUCAUUGCGCGACAUUGCUUAUGACACAAGAAACUAUAAUGUUAGAUACAUCUCUAAGCUGGAUAAAUAGGGCUCACGAUUAUGUGGUAACUAGAAGGAAUGGGGCCCACGAAAAAGGAGUGAGGUAAUUACUGUUAGGGAGAAAUUUUUUGUGAUAUUGUGAUUCCCUGGUUUGUGGGCAUAGAUGGAAGAAUUGGUAUCAGAAGGAUUUGAGUUGAGGCUAAGCCAUUCGGCUGAAAUUGACUUACAGAAGGGACUAAACGGCAACAGUAGAGUGGUUUUUGGGGACUAAGACCAUUGUUUGAACAAAUUUGUUAUUGACAGAUAAAUUUGUUAACCGAUCUAAAUGAAGUAAUUGUGUCAUUGCUGGCCUAUUUUGUACGUCUUUAAAACAAAGACCACAAAUGAAAGAAUUUCUGUCUUUGUUGGCCUAUUUUGAGAUUUUACUGCAAUUAAACUCUUAUAAACGUAUUUCUGCCUGUAUUUCAGUAAGCCAUAGCAAUAUAAUUUGUGGCCUUUAUUUCCUUUCGAUCUGGGCUUAGGAUCCUUCCCUUGAGCCCACAGGUUUGCCUGUUCCAGUCUUGGUGUUGAACAUGCUAUCGCUGGCCGAUUUAGAGAUCUUGCUGCUGGAAACUUACAAAAUGAAAAUCUACCUUCCGCCAGUUUGAAAAAUAAUAUUUACAAGAAAAUGUGUAGAAAAUUCGGAUGUACGUGGGCUACUUAUAAUCGGAAAAUCAGUUUUUUCGCAGUUAGCUUAUUAGUCGACAGUAGAAAUCCCAUUGAUGUUAUUCUGAAUUUUGUUCUCACAGUUUUUGGAAUUAUUUUCACCGUGAAGAAAUAUAUUCAUCCUGCCUCAUCUUUUGGAGCGUACAUCGUAUUAUUAUAGUUUCCAUAAAAGGUCAUUGAAUGUUUGAAGCUGACAUAACUUUUCGCAGUGAGGAUGAUUGGAAGUUUGCUGCUGAUCAGUUUACGAUGAAUCUUCAGGAUAAAGUGACCGUACAUUGUGAGAGCUGACUACUUUUAUCAUCAUUUUUUGAUAACUAUCUAUUGUAUUUUUUCCCGAUAAUGUUGGAUUUGAAUAGAAAUCGCUUCUUUUGCGCUAUGUCUAAAUAGGCUCAGCUGCAUUUUUCUAUUUCCUAAUGAUGGUUACGGGCAUAUUUAUUCAUACCAAUAAUAGGGAUGAGAAAAACAACUGGCAAACCAAAGAAGGGGUAAUUAGGGAAAAUAUUAUUCAGUUGAUUUCAAUAAGGAGGAUAUGGAUAGCCAGUGAGACCCUCUCCUAUAGUGUUGCAGUGUAUAUAUUCAAAUAAGAGAACCUGAAUAAGGGAAAGCGGGGGAAUUAGAAAAACAGGGAAAGACUAGACAAGGGAACACUUGUCUGUUAACAUAUUCAAUUUUGGGUAUUUCUAAAUUUUCUAGUUUUAAUACAUUUGUACCUUCCUAAACCAUUGUCUGUGAAUCUAGCGAACCGCAGAAACAGCUGCUUCCCAGAAGCGAGAAGAAGUUUAAUCAAAUGCUGCUUAGCCAGAUGAGGAACCACCUAAUCUGGCAGAAAUAAUCUGUCUAUGCUUACGUUAUAGACCUCUUCCAUUACCUUAUACGCAAUAUUAAAUGUUCUGCUAGUUUUUUCGUGGUUUCGACCCUUUUCAGAAUGGCUUCUAUGUUUUGUUUGACAUGAGAAGUAGUAUUCUCUAGAAUGUUGUUUGUUGAUUGCCAUGAUACAUAAUUCAUAUGGCAUUCGCAGUUCAAUAAUUAUUUAACUUUGGAGUUUAUCUUAGGAUAUUAUUUUUUCAACUGAGUUCGGAUGGAAAGCUCAUAAUUCUUUAUUGUUUCUUAUUUGACAUCUCACACGAUAACUUCUUCUUUCCUGAACCAGGCCCUUCAGGCCGUUGUGACCCUUUAACCUAAAAGAGCGAUUACAAUAUUCCACUUUGGUUUUAUUUUUAAAAGGAAGGUAGCUAAGGCGCUGGUCAUUCAGCAUUAUUUUCACGUACCUAUCCUUCCUCAGAAUAUAGUUAGAAAUAGUGUGUAAUUAUUUUUUUUUAAAAAAUUGACCCAGAUUUACUUUUGUUUCUGCAAUCCACUUAACUCAUGGAACUUUUUGUAGGUAGCAGAUGCAAUGUACGUCAACGAAGUUUAGAUGGUGUUGAUGUUAUGGGUGAGCGGUUGGCAGAGGAGGUUAGUUUAUCAUUUCGUUGCAAUAUUAUAUAUAUGCACAUGCAUGAAAUAUUCAUCUCUCUUAAGUCUUGUCUUUAUUUUUAUGAGUCUUACAUGUUAUCGUUGGAAGUAAAAUGGAAUCAGUUGCUAUCAGACAUGGUCUCAAUCUAUGAUCCUUUCCCUUUCAUCUUCCCUCUUGUUGGGCUCCUAGCAGAGUUUCUCUCAUGAAUGUGCUGAUGGACCAAUGUUUAUCAUGCCUUAUUCAGCCUUUCUCGCUCUCACAUAGACCUACCCCUCCAUCUGUGUGUGUUGGACAAAGGAAGAACAUACAUACAUCGUGUACAUUUGCUCACUCCUUUCUUACCAAGGGCGUUGAUAAGCAUUUUGACUGAUUGAUGAAAUGUGAAAUCAGGUAAACAGUCUGAUUCGCCAGAGACCAGGAUUCCGAAAAAUUUCUUUUAUUGCACAUUCUGUUGGUGGGUUAGUCGCGAGAUAUGCGAUUGGAAAGCUUUACAGACCCCAUGGAAGAAAUGAUCAUGAUGAGCCUUCUGAUGAUUAUGGUGAUGAAAGUUCAACGGGUACAAUUGCUGGGUUGGUGGCCUUGAAUUUUAUUACUGUUGCUACUCCUCAUCUUGGAUCCAGGGGAAACAAACAGGUACCCUUCUUCUCAACAAGAAACUUGGGACAUGACGUUUGUUACUUUUUAUAUUCCUUUUAUGUAUAUAACAUCAUCUUCUAUUAGUUUUCAUUUGCGUGGGCGUUCUGUAUUCUGGUUUAUCAUAUUAAUACAUACUACAAUGUCUCAGUAAGGUCAUGUCUUCGCAUCACCUGAUUAUCUACGCAUGAAUACAAUCUGCCCCUAUCCAUGAAGAAACAAGGCUGGCCGGCUAUUGAAGCCGGUGCCAUGGACUCCACCAGAGAGGGCCAUGAGACACAAAACGGUGACACCCAAAUGAGACAUGACCUAAAUGUGGACCUUUUUGAUAAGUUGAAAAAAUCUGCUUUUCUAUGAGCUCACUUCCCAUUUUCCGAGGUCCUUCAAGUAAAUACUAAAUUUGGUUAAGUUCAUGUGAGAGGACCAUGCUCGUUAGGUCAUAUGCCCGAAUAGAAAGCCGAUGCACUGUAUCAUCAGUAGAAAGCAGCGGAUUUCCCAGAUUCAAAUGCAUGUUCACCAAUUACAAUCUGGGCCCAAUCUAAUGGCCAUUCCCGAACUCACUUAAUUACCCGUUGUUGAAAAAGUACGUGAAAAACUCACAUUUUUAUCUCUUCACUCAGUGACUAUAUGAAGAUGGUUGACUAAGAUCAUAUAGAUGCUACUUUACUUUGAGUCACCUAUUUGGGAAAUUCGAAUUUCCAUCAGUGGGAUUGAUUAUUGAAGUUGACUGGCAACCACAUCUUGUAAGUGGUAAGCCAAAUAUGAAUUACUAUUGUAGUCAUUUUUCUGGUGAAGCUGAUUGGAAAUCAUGCGAGGAUACACAGUUUUUUGAAAAAAAUGUACUUGCAGGAAUUUAUUUGCUUUCCAAUGCAAUGACCACAUUUUCUGAUACGGUCGCUAGGUGAGGCCUUUCAUUAUUACAGAAUGAAUAUCCAUCAAAUAGUAUCAUCCAGUCAUCUAAGAAUUUCCCCCUGGUCAUGACCUCUUGCCCAUUUGUUCACCUCUAACUUGUGACUUGAGAGUCCUUUUAUGACAAGUUUGGUAAAUAGGAAAUGACAUGUUUGGCAAUACUUCUAUUAUAUCUCUACAUUCAGUGCAAUUUCUCUUCUUGCUUCUAAAUUCUUUUUGUCCAAUAUGCGAAGAAAGAGAUGAUGACUCCCCGUAAUCUUCUGUUUCCUCGCUCCACUCAUAGGAUUACUUUACAUUAAAUCUGCUUUCAUGCUUUUAUUGUCAUCAAACUCAUUAAACAUCGUGUUGCAUAUAUAAGAUUAAUAUUAGGAAUCAUAAGUUAUAAGCUAAGGAUCCAUAAAACCCAGACUUGUGCAACUUCUACUUCCAGUUUUCAGUGUGGCAACAUGGUGACUGAUGCUGAUAUGGCGAACAAUACUUAUAACAGAUUUUUUAUUAACAUUUUGUCUGAAUGUCUUGGCUCGUUGUUUUUAUUAAUGGUUUAUUUUUUUUCUGUUUCUGGGCAUGAUAUAUAAUUUUAUAUAUGUUGCUAUGUAGAUUAUGACUUGGCUAUGACAUGUUCAUGCUAAGUGCAGAAAUUAACCUAUAUAUCUCUCUAUAUAUAUAUAUUCAGUGCAUCAAGGAUGUGGAACGCAAAAAUGUGUGGAGUCACUGCUUUUGAGAAAGCUUCACGCCUUGUUAUAUAUAUAUGUUAAUUUCUGCAUAACAACUUUCUAAUGGCAGGUCCCAUUUCUCUUUGGCGUCCCUGCUUUUGAGAAAGCUGCACGCCUUGUUAUUCACUUGAUAUUUAGAAGAACCGGUAGACAUCUUUUCCUCACUGAUAAUGAUGAAGGGAAACCUCCAUUGUUACUCCGCAUGCUAGAUGAUUGUGCUGAUAUUUGUUUCAUGUAAGCUAUACGCUUCCUUUCACCCUGUGAUCUUUUUGGUAGGUAGUCUAACAUAUUGAACAAACAUCUCACUCAGGUAUCCAUGUGUUCCUUUGUAGGUCUGCAUUGCGAGCAUUUAGGCGUCGAGUAGUAUAUGCAAACGUUCACUAUGAUCGUAUCCUUUUUGAAGUGUCAUCGAUUUUCAUCUAGUCUCAUCUCACUUUUUUACCUUGACUCUGUGUUGAAGAUAUUGUUGGAUGGAGGACAUCAUCCAUCAGACGCAACUCUGAACUUCCAGGGGUAAUUAUUUUUUUUCAUUGAUAAAACUCAUUUUUCUUCUUCUGGGAUUUUUUCAUGUGUUGGAAAUAUUUCUUCCUUUCUCAUCUUACAGAAGUUUGCUCUAAUGCCUACAACUUUUUCUGUUUUUUAGUGGGAGGACUCUAUGAAUGACAAAUAUCCACACAUCGUGUAUGAAGAAUAUUCCAAAGGAAUCAAUGUCAGUGAUGGGCGAGAGAACUGUGUUGCGAUUGAUAGAACUGAUGAUUUAGAAGGUUACUAUCUCUGGCAUUUAUUUCAAUUUUAGCGGUUGUACAAUAUGAGUUGAUUUGUUCUUCUUGUAACGUUGGCAUCAGUAAGUGUGCUUAAUGAGAUGAGACUCCAGUUACUUGAAAAUUCUAUUGUCAACUUCAUGAAAAGGGUAUAAGCGAAACUUGUACAGGAAGAAGAGUCAGAUGUGAUGAAUUGGACCUGGGUUUUGAUAUUUCAACUUCAUAAUUCCUGGUGAAACUUAGCUAUGUUAAAAGCUCCCACCAAUUUUCGGAAUUCAUAUAUUUUGAUAGUUCUGGAAGCCAUUCAUGCCACUUUGUUAAGAGUAGUCCCAUACUGAUUAGUAUGGAAAAAAACUGUUAUUAUUAUAAUUCUUCUUUAAUUUCCUUCAGCAUACAAGAUAACGAAACUUAUAUGAAGUAAUGGAGAAAAAAUAGAAAAGAACGGUUCUGAGAAGGCAUCCAGUCUCGUCCAAUAAUUACUUCGCAUAUUACUGUUGGUAUUUUUAUUUUGAUUUUUAACUGUAUUCUGUAUGCAGAAAGGCUCAUAAUUCUCGUAGAAAGCCAUUGAUUUUCAAUUCCACUCUGAAACUUGGAAAUUUUCUUUAGAUCAGAAUUUUUUGAUGUGCACAAAUACUUGUGAAUAAUUGUACACCAAGAAAUUCUUUCCAUUUUCAUCAAAUUUUUGGCGGAGACAUUAAAAAUUUCAGAUGUCUUAUAGCCGCCAGCAGCAGCUCGAGAACAGAAAGGUUGCUGGUUCUCAUCUCCAGAAACUUAUUUCUGUUUCUGUGGGUUGAAUUUAUUCAAACAUUUUCUGUGGAAUUAAUCUACUAGGAUUCUUUCCUCACAUGCAUAUUUCAUUUAUGUUGCCUAUUUGCAGAAGAGCUGGUCACCGGUCUUACACAGCUAUCAUGGGAAAGGGUGGACGUCAGUUUUCACAGAAGCAAGAGGCGAUUUGCUGCCCACAGUGUCAUUCAGGUUCAUUCUCCUUCCGUUACACAAGAAAUCCUUCUCUUCUCUGCUUUAUUCUGGUGGGUUCUUCUGUGUUUGACAUUUCCUUCAGUUCUUCUCACAAAACAUGGAAUUCAACCACUGAAAGCUACCACAAAUUGUGAUCUUGAGGAAGUGGAUUCUAUAACGAUAUCUUACAUCCAGUUAAAUUGCACAGGUCAAAGAUACCAUCUUACAUUUGGAGGGGGCUGAUGUUAUUCAGCACAUGAUUGACCGCUUUGAUGAUUGA